AGCAAUUUCAAGCAAACGUCAAUUACCAACAAAAUCAGUUAGAAUUAGACGGUACUUUCAUUCCUUUUGAAGAAAAGGAAGAAAUCUUUGAAAUUCCUGCAAGAUCAAUUUCUGUUAUACAUAUUAAGAUCGCAAACCCAGAAUUAAAAGAAGGAUAUGUUCCUCGUUUAAAUGUAACGGAGGGAGUUUACUUAGGAAACGCUCUCGUUACCGUAAGAGACGAUAAAGCAUAUUUACAAGUAGUAAACACUACUGAAGAAGAAGAAAGGGUAUUCAUUCCCACUGUUAAAAUAUAUGAAUUUGAGACAGAUCAAAUGCCAAAUCCAAACUCAAAUACAAACUCGGAUUACUUAGGUAAUUCAUUCUCUAACUCUAGCAGAACCUCAAAUACAAAUUCGGAUUACUUAGGUAAUUCAUUCUCUAAAUCAAGCAGAACCUCAAAUACAAAUUCGGAUUACUUAGGUAAUUCAUUCUCUAACUCAAGCAGAACCUCAAAUUCAAAUUCAAACUCAAAUGCAAACUCGAAUUACUUAGGUAAUUCAUUCCUUAAUUCUAGCAGAAACUCAAACUCAAAUCCAAAGUCAAAUACAAACUCAGCCUCGAACGAGAAUUCUAAUUCAAAAGCAAAUUCGAAUCAGUCAAGUGAUUCAAUUACAAACUCAAAUUCCAAUUCUAACUCAAACUCGAACUACUUAGGAAGUUCAAUUCAUAAUUCAAGUUCAAAUGAAAAUCAAACUUCAAACUCAGAAGAUUCCAAUUCAAAUUCAAGAUUUUGCUUAAAUAUCAAAAAAGAAGAUAGAAAAGAAAAGUUAUUUUAAGCAUUAAGAUUAGAGCAUUUAAAUGCCGAAGAACGCUUACAUGUUGAAAGACUAAUUGAAAGAAACUCAGAUUGUUUUAUUUUACCAGGAGAAAAACUGGGUAGCACAAAUAUUUUAAGGCACAAAAUUCCAACUGUAAAUGACAUACCUAUAAAUACACGACAAUACAGAUU